GCUGCACGACCUUUGUGUUGCAUUCCGCUGGUGCGGCAUUCACUGGAGACGCCUUGUUUGUCCGUGGUUGCGGUCGGACCGACUUCCAGGAGGGUUCCGCGGAGCAGCUCUACGACUCUGUUCAUUCCAAGAUCCUUUCUUUGCCCAGAAAUUACUUUCUAUUCCCAGGACAUGACUACACCGGUCGCAUGAUGACCACUGUGGACGAAGAACUGAGACUUAACCCCAGACUGACUAAGUCAAAGGCGGAAUUUAUCGAAAUAAUGAACAAUCUAAAUCUUCCUCGACCGAAACUUAUGGACUAUGCUGUGCCACUCAAUUUGGUCUGUGGCGUCCCAAAUGAAUAG